CUGCGGUGACAGGACCUCCCGCAAAGCUGGAAUUUGAACUUUAAAUGUAUACAACGUCUACAUGUAACACAUCAUUUUAGGACCUGUUCAUACUAACAAGGAGCCGUGCAUUACAUUAAUGUGACAAUAGUAUCUGUUUUCGCCAUGAUUCGUAUGACCAUAUUUGGAGUUCUACUGUCCAUGUUGAUAUACAGUUUUAUGGACGGUAAAGUUCCCGAACCUAUACCGGAACAGUUCAAGGUCAAGGUCAUGGACUUAUGUAUAAAGACAUAUGUCCUCACGUUGGAUGUCCUUGUUCGUCUUGGAUUAACCACGCCUUUUUCCAACUUCGAUAGAAAACUCUGUGAUCGAUUUAUCCUGUUAAUAUCAACUGGAUUCCCCUGGGUACGGGGCUACGAUUCCCAACUACAGAUUACGGAUACCAACAUGAAGGGUAUCCAUGUGCGCAUGUACCAACCGGUGACAUCACUACAACACAAGCAGAGGCCUGUUCUCGUGUAUUUCCAUGGCGGUGGGUGGAGCUUACUUUCGGUCGAUUCCUAUGACCCGCUGAUGAGACGGAUCGCUAAAGACAGUGGAGUAAUGAUCAUCUCGGUUAAUUACAGAUUAAGUCCACAAUUCCCGUUUCCAGUUCCUCUACAGGACUGCAUGGAUGUUGUGGAAUACGUCAUCCAAAACAGUGUUAAUCUGAAUAUUGACCCGCAGAAAAUUGCCAUAGGCGGAGAUAAUGCGGGUGGUAAUAUGGCCGCAGCGAUAUCACUCCGCUUAAAAAAGAAGAUCGCCAUUCAGUUGCUCAUUGCACCAUUGUUACAGAUGGCCAAUUGGAACACCACAUCCUUUAUAGAAAAUUCUAGCUAUCUCUCUCAAAGCGCUAACAGCAAAAUCUGUUUAUAUCUUUUGCUAAAUUACUUAAAUAUAGAUCACAAGUAUGUACAAGAGGUUUUAAACAAUAACCACACUUCGAAGGCCUUUAAGAGAUUUCAUUUUACCGAAAUUCUUGAUCAAAAUUUAUGGUUACCAAAGCGAUACAUAAGAGACGAGCAUUUAAGAGAGAACAUACAUUUGCAGACAGAAUUUGGAAACGAAGAACUAUUUUCUCUGAUGGAGAGCCGAAUAACAGACCCGAUGAUAUCACCAUUACUUGCUGAUGACGACAUGUUAGAAGAUUUGCCUAUGACGUAUAUUGUUACUUCCGGUUACGACAUCGUCAGAGAUGACGGAAUUAUGUUCUCUGAGAGACUGAAGCAGGUCGGACAGCCGGUAAUCCUCAAACAUUACGAGGAGGCGUUCCAUACGUCACUGUUUUUCCCACAUGGACCCUUAAAGUUGGAAGUUGGAGUCAGGAUAGUUCAGGAUAUUGUCAAAAUUUUACGAAAAUAUUUACUUUGAAGCUUGAUAGAAACACCAUGACUCCACUUAAUAAUUGUGCUAUACCUACCAGCAAUACUUAGUCAUAGUGACAACUUUAUUGCACUAAUGUUAGACUGAGCGGAGAUGGUGGGGUUCAUGUACCUCCCUAGCAUAUUUUAAAAUUUGUUCAAAUCCAUUGUGGUUCUCCUUUGGUACAAAUCCUCGCUCACUCGUCUUUAAAAGACGGAGGCUGUAUGAUAGAGAUUUGUGUUUCUUAUUCCGCAUUUACUUUAUUUCUAAAUAUGUUCAUUAUAUGAUAUCCAGCCCUUUUAUCAUUUAAUACUGUCGGCUGUGUUGAUCACAUUUAGGAGAUACGUGAUGUACUAAACGUAUACAUAGAUUCUCUACAAAACGUUCACUAGCUUGUUGGAUCUUACAGACGAUUAGACUGGAUUACCUGCCGUAGAUUUCGACACUAGGUUCGUUUCAAAAAAUACAUUCAAUAGUGUAGCCUAGUGGAGAGAAAUGGUACCAAGGCAGGUAAUCCAGUCAAACAGAUGGUUUGUGACUCACAUUAUGGUAGAUCCCGUUUGGUAUCUAACACACAUAGCAUAAUAACUGUUUGUGAUUAACGACAUACUUAAAUGUUAAUUCUGUUAAAUACAAAACCGUUGUUUUAAAUUUGAAAAAUACUACUGAUUAUUGGAAAUGUGAGCACGCCAUUUCAGUACAUUGAUAUAUAAAUACUUAAGUAUGUGAGACGGUAUUAAUUACUAGACAAAUAACAUAAAUCGUGUAUAUGCUGUACCCCUGGUGUAUGUAUUUAUUGUGUGUGUAAACUUGGAAAUGUGAGGAGUGUGAGUCAUAUAAAUAAAAUAAAACAUCUGCCG